AUGGCGGCUCAGAACAAGUUUACAACUUGCCAGUUUGUAAUAGAGAAAUGCGAUUUCUCGAAUGCCCAGCUCGCACCCACAUGUGUUGAGAAUUUCUGCCAAGGAGAGCCAUACGGCUUUGGCUCCUGCACAGUAGACUUCACAGGCGUGCCAGCAGAGUGCUGCUCGCAAAGCACGGUUGGCGAUGUUGCGCAAUGCAUGGCCGACUUUCAGCAACAAAAUGGAUAUGGCGUCUUUCACGAUGCCUGUCUUUCCGUUCAGCGAUAUGUCGCUAACUGCGAGAAAGCCGUCUCCAACUUUGAUGGCUCAUCCUACAAGGAGCAGGCUAGCUGUCUUUGUUAUGAUAGUAAUAACAACUACGAUCCAGACACGUGGGAUAACGCAGUAGCAACCUGUGUGAGCACAGGACAAAGCGCUCAUCCGACCAUCUGGAGCGCGCUGGAGAAGAACUCUGGGGUGAUUGGUCUAUGCACCAAGUUUGCAGAUGGUGCCGCCGCCACUGGUUCUGCAGCGACCGCUCCUCUUCCAACGGACUCAGCAAGCUUCACUGGUACUGGUGAUGCCUCUCCAGGAACAACGGCGGGAGGUGACUCGCCGACUCCAACCGGGACAGGCUCAGCGGCUGCCAAUCCAACCAGCUCCAGCAAGCAGUCAUCAACUGCAACUCGCAGUUCAGCGGCAGCAGCCACCACGAGCAGCGCAGCAGCUCCUAAUGUUGGAGAGAUGGGCUACAUUCGUAUGAAGUGGAUAGCUGUAGGCCUUGGGCUGGCGCUGCCUGCGUUUAUGGGGACGUUGUAG